AAAUUUUUUUUUUUAUUUUUAUUUUUGUAUUUAUGUUGUUUUUUUUUAAAGAAAAAAAAAUUACCUUUGUACAAACCGUCCGCAACUGCAAAAGUUAGCUGGAACUAACUUUUGAAUUUAAGAAGGUUAGAUUGGUUUAGUGUGGUUUAAAACGGUUUAAACCGGUUUGAGUGAUUGAUGCAGAGUGAUUGAUGCAAAAUGCCAACAACCGCAAUCAACCGCAAAAAUUGCGUUUGCAAACGGUAGCGGAAAAACUGCCCUAAAACGUAAAAACCACGUCAAAGGUUUGUAAAAACCAGAGUAUAUCAGUAAGGCUUCUACGGAUCUGACCUGUCAGAACAACAAGAGAAGAAUGAAACAGUUUAUGGAGUCCGUAGUGAGCCAAAAACAUGGUCCUCUUUUAUAUUUUAUGGUAUGGAGUUGCCUUCAUAUUUGGGUUUUCUCCUAAACUCAGCAACUAAUGUGUAAUAAAUAAUGUGUGGUUUUGUCCAAAAUGCAGACAAGAUCCGGAAGUGAAUAUAUAUGCAAGAAUGGUGCAGUUAUCAUCUUCUCUAAGGACACAAGCCAUGCUGGAUAUUUCAUAAACUAUACCAACGCGUUGCAGAUUCGGCCGUGCACAUUCAUUUUCUUGAGAUCUGAAUCUUAUCUUUAUUGAAUAUGGGAAAUGAGCUGUGGAAGGGAACAUUGGGCAGACAUAGACAUUCAUGGUUCAAUAUUAUAAGUUUAUGACCAAUAGAUUCCUCAUUGCCUCUCUUUCCUGGUGGUGUAUAUAAAUAUUACCUGGAGAGACAUUGAGAAGCAGAACAAACAAUUUAGCCUUCUCAACAUCUUCUCAUUGCUCAUUACCAAAGGAGAAAACAAAAAUGCCUGUCUCCUUCCACGUUCGAUCUAACAGUUACCCCUCUAGACUUCACCCACAAGCUGCUCAUGUUGAUGAGCAGUUGACUCGUUUGAGAUCUUCUGAUGAAACCUCGACAUCUUCAAGCUCUUCUAUAUGUCAAAGACUUGACAACCUUCAAGAUCUUCACGAGUCUCUUGACAAACUUAUUCGCCUACCUUUCACACAACAUGCUUUACCUCUAGAGCAGAACAAGAAAGCCGUCGAGCAGAUUCUUGAUGGAUCUCUCAGGAUCUUGGAUUUAUGCAACAUCUCCAAGGAUGCUUUGUCACAGAUGAAGGAAGGUCUCAUGGAGAUCCAGUCGAUGCUGAGAAGAAAGCGUGGAGAUCUAUCGGGAGAGGUUAAGAAGUACUUAGCCUCAAGAAAAUCCAUCAAGAAGUCAUUGCAAAAGGCCCUUAAGAGUUUGAAGGUGAAACAAGACCAAGAGUGCAACGAAGAGUCUCUGGCGGUGUUUGGAGAAGCAGAAGCUAUUACAGUUUCUCUGUUUGAUUCUUUGUUUUGCUUCAUGUCUGGAUCAAAAACAUGCAGCAAAUGGUCACUCGUCUCAAAGCUAAUGAACCAGAAGAAGGUUACAUGUGAAGCACAAGCAAAUGAAUUCACAAGAGUUGACUCUGAAUGCGAAUCAGAGAAGACUUUGAAAAUGGAGGAUGUGCAGAUCCUAGAGUCAUGCAUUCAAGAUCUUGAAGAUGGACUUGAAUCUCUUUCCAAGUCCUUGAUUAAAUACCGAGUCUCGAUUCUUAACACCUUAGGCCAUUGAAGCCUACAAAUUUUGUAUAAAAAUGUAAAUAUAAUUACUUGUAAAAAGGAACACAAAAACAAUGAAUACAAAAUCUUUAUCAUAUAUAACUGUUCUUGUGAUAUCUCUUAUUUUUUUCACGAAUGAUCAUCAAAGAACUAAACCCUUUCUCGAUUUUCAGAAACUUCAUUCAGUUUCUUACCUCAAAUUUCACUGUUUAAUCAUUUUGUUUUAUGACUGAGUAAAUUAAACAACGUUUACUUGUUCAACAUGUCAUGUGGCAUCUCUUAACCUCUACACGGUUGUUUGAUAUUAAACAUAAUCCAAAAAGUGUUAAGUAAUCCAUUAUCUAUUUGUUAACAUGCCAUGAUCUGUGGAUACGGAUCUUGCCAGCAUUAUCACAGUUGUCUAAAUAUGCUUUCUUCUGAUUAGUAUAAUCACAACUUCUUAAUGCAAACGUGUGUACACGGAAAGAUUAUAAAUAUUCACAAAAUAUUCAGACGUGGGAGACAAAGCCAAGCUGGAAUUGGCAGAAGCUAUUAAGAGUGCUCGUGCGGUUACGCAUUUUAUAAGAUAAUAAAAGCUUACAUUUAUUGUCUUAUGGACAUAUUUCAGCACCUUCAACGUGAUUAAGAUCUGACUUUUGAUCAGCAUUGU